AUGGAUAUGUAUGAAACUCUUGGAAAAGUGGGAGAAGGAAGUUAUGGAACAGUCAUGAAGUGUAAACAUAAGGAUACCGGGCAGAUAGUGGCCAUUAAGAUUUUUUAUGAGACACCAGAAAAAUCUGUCAACAAAAUUGCAUCGAGAGAAAUAAAGUUUCUAAAGCAAUUCCAUCAUGAAAACCUGGUCAAUCUGAUUGAAGUUUUUAGACAGAAAAAGAAAAUUCAUUUGGUAUUUGAAUUUAUUGACCACACAGUAUUAGAUGAGUUACAACAUUAUUGUCAUGGACUAGAGAGUAAACGACUUAGAAAAUACCUUUUCCAAAUCAUUCGAGCAAUUGAAUAUCUUCACAAUAAUAAUAUCAUUCAUCGAGAUAUAAAACCUGAGAAUAUUUUAGUAUCCCAGACAGGAAUUAUUAAACUCUGUGAUUUCGGAUUUGCACGAAUGCUAGCAGCUCCUGGGGAUAUUUAUACAGACUAUGUGGCCACACGCUGGUAUAGAGCUCCAGAAUUAGUAUUAAAAGAUACCUCUUACGGAAAACCUGUGGAUAUCUGGGCUUUGGGCUGUAUGAUCAUUGAGAUGGCCACUGGAAAUCCCUUUCUUCCUAGCAGCUCUGAUUUGGAUUUACUUCAUAAAAUUGUUUUAAAAGUAGGCAAUUUGACACCUCACUUGCAGAAUUUCUUUUCCAAGAGUCCUAUUUUUGCAGGGGUGGUCCUUCCUCAAGUUCAACACCCCAAGAAUGCAAGAAAAAAAUACCCAAAGCUAAAUGGAUUGUUAGCAGAUAUAGUUCAUGCUUGUUUACAAAUUGAUCCUGCUGAGAGAAUAUCAUCUGAUGAUCUUUUGCAUCAUGAGUAUUUUACUAGAGAUGGAUUUAUUGAAAAAUUCAUACCAGAACUAAGAGCUAAAUUACUACAAGAAGCAAAAGUCAAUUCAUUCAUAAAGUCAAAGGAGAAUUCUAAAGAAAAUGAACUUAUGAAAGAUGAAAGAAAAACAAUGCAUACUGAUACACUUCUACGAACUUCAGUUUUGGGAAAGGAAAUGGAAAAAGAGAAAAAGCCCAAGGAAAUAAAAACCAGAGUUAUUAAAGUCAAAGGAGGAAAAGUAGAUACCUUAGAACCAAAAAAGACAGAGUAUGAAAGUGGACAUGGUCAGUCAGAUGCAAUUGAAAAUGCUCAUACUGUGUCUCAAAAUGUAAAAUCUGUAAUCAAUGAACCACCAAACCCUGCCAAUCCCAGCACUAACUCUACUGGCAUGAAAGACAGUCCACAUGCUGGAGGUAAUAUGAUGAUGCCACCCAUCAACCUAACUAGCAGUAACCUGAUGGCUUCCAAUCUCAAUUCAAAUCUCUCCCACUCCAAUUCAAGGUUAACUGAAAGAGCAAAAAAGAGACAUACUUCCUCACAAUCUAUUGGACACGUUAUGACUAAUAACAGGCAAGAGGAUACAGGUCCUACUCAAAACCAAAUGGAGAAAGGUGUAUUUAGUGAGCGGACAAGUCAAAGUGACCAAAUGGCAAGUGGAAAUAAAAGGAAGCUGAAUUUUUCCAGAUCUGACAGGAAAGAAUUCCAUUUCCCAAAAUUGCCUUUCAUAAUACAAUCAAAUGAGAUGAAAAGAACGGAAGUUAAACAGAUAAAAGUGCCGAAGAAGGAAUCAAAGAAAACAGAUUCAUCUAAAAUACCAACUUUACUUAAUGUGGACCAAAAUCAAGAAAAACAAGAGAAUAUAGGAAAUGCACAAACUGAAAGGAAGAAGAACCUGCCAGAUGCAGAAUAGAAAAGGCAGCAGCUGAAAAUUCAGGGAAUCCCAGAAUCACUGGUGGAGAUGGCCAUUGUUCGGAGAAGAAUUUGAAGAGGAGCAGAUUUUUGGGGGGUAGCGUCUUUUAAAUCUUAAAAUACAAAUUGGCAAGCCUUCCCUUUUUAUUUUAUAUACAGUAG